GGUGGGUGCGGGAGGAGGCGCGGCGGCAGCUCGCGCGCGCGGCUCACGCGUGGACCUCUGGCUCCGGCGUGGACCUCCAGAACAGCCGCUCGGCUGCGGGUGAUGUGAGCUGCGUGGCCGUGCGUGGCAGCGGGCGGGGCUGAGACUUGCCGUUCGUGUCUAUAUCCGACGCACUCUGCGCUCGCAAUUCACGAUGCUGAAGACCGUCGCCGUUGCGCUGUCGGCGGCGGCCCUCUGCGGAGUCCUCUGCUCAGCCGGGGGCAACACGAAGACAGUGCUGGCGGGCUCGAACCUGACGCUCUCGUGUCCGCGUCAUUCGGAGGCGGUCGGCCGGGCGACGGUGACCUGGCGGUGUCGCGGCUGUGGCGGCGGCGGCGGCGGCGGCGGC